CCAUACCCUAUUUUGCGCAUGCGCAUUUCUUAGUCUGUCAGACAGCAGCAGCAGCCAGUAAACAUGGCUGGUGUUGGUUUCCGACGGUGGGCCCAGGCUCUCUCUAAAGGGAAAGGUUCUGGCAUUUCAGCGCUUUUGUCGGGAUGUAGAGCAGCCUCUGGUGCGUCAAAGGAUGGCCUACCUGGUCCAUACCCGACGACCCCCGAUGAGAAGGCUGCUGCUGCAAAGAAGUACAACAUGAGGGUUGAGGACUAUGAACCAUAUCCCAACAACGGCGAGGGCUAUGGUGAUUAUCCAAAGUUACCAGAUAGAUCUCAGCAUGAGAGAGACCCCUGGUACCAGUGGGACCACCCUGACCUGAGGAGGAACUGGGGAGAGCCGAUGCACUGGAAUUUUGACAUGUUCAUCAGGAACCGUGUGGAUACAUCUCCCAGCCCUGUGUCCUGGUCCACAAUGUGCAAACAACUGUUUGGUUUCAUCGGGUUCAUGCUGUUCAUGUUCUACGUUGGGGAGAAAAUACCAGCUUACCAACCUGUUGCACCGAAACAGUAUCCCUAUAAUAACCUGUACUUGGAGAGAGGAGGAGAUCCGGAAAAACAACCAGAGGAAGUCAAAAAUUAUGAAAUCUAAUGACUAAAAUCUGAUUCUACCUGUGUAUAUAUAUUUCUGUCAAGAAUAAAAACUUAUGUGAAGUUA